GCUGACACUCUUAUUCAGCCCCAAAUCCUAUUGGAACUUCAACGCGCAGCCGCAUUCCUCCCAAACCCAACCCUCUCGGCGACCGUCGUCCCAAACCCAAACCCUAAACCCAACCUCCAUUGCCGGAGAUUUGGAGGUCCUGCCUUCCGUUUCACCCCUAUUGAGAUAACAAUGCAACUCGAUGUGGAUCCUUUGGAUGAUUUGCUUUCUGAGACCAAGACAAACAACAGUCAUAAGUUCCGACCUAAGAUGAAGGCUCAGCCUCGAAAAGGUGGAACUAGAGGAGUUGCCUCAGAUCUUCCAAAUUUAAUGGACAGACCAGUUUUAUGCUCUAUUGAGGAGGAUCCUUUGCAGUCUGCUGUCCAGGACUCUUUGCAAUCUGUUGAGUCUCUAGGUGUGACAGGGAAAUCACAUGACACAAAUCCUUUACAUUCAGAGGAUGUGGUUCCAGAUGGAAAUAGAGAUUGGCAAUCUAACCUGGGGAGAUCUUUAGGAGAGAAUGCAGACAUAUUUUCUGGGUUGGAAUGUCUUGAUGAUUUUAUUACUCAAACUACAAGCGAUCCAGCAGGGAGUGAGGCAAGCAAGUCACAGUCUAAGGUUCAUACGGACAAGCAGCAAAGUGACAAAUUUUUGACGUCAUAUGGUGUUAAUAGUAAUAUGGAGGGUCCUAUUUCCACUUCUCACAUGGAAACAGGCUCGGAGGAAAAUUUGAGUGUUCCAGCCCAUUCAUCUUACGACUCUUCAUCAUUUACAAUAUGUGAUGUUGCACCAUCUCAAAUUAGUUCUGAUUAUCAUUCAACACAGGAUCCGCUGUCCCUCAGUAAUACUGCUGUUUCUGACGAACAAGAGGAAGCUCAGAUUAAUGACGGAAGGUCAAAAACAAUGGGUGCCGAGGACUUGUUUGAUUUCGAAAUGUAUGAGGGAACUGUUGUAUCUGGUCAACGCGUUGGCAAAUUUCAACCCAAGCCCAAGUUGGGGAAAGGGAAAAAGAAACCUAGCACAAGCGAACCUCAAGCUGAAGUUAGAUCUGGUGUGCCUUUACCGGCUGUUCAUACUGUUCCUCUUGACCAAGGAUAUGGGCAAGAGAGCUCUAUGUUGGAAUUUCCAAGUGAAAGUAUUCUUGAUUAUUCAUCUGUUAGAUUUGAUGAUUCUAUUUCCUUGGAUCCAAUCUCCGAUAUUCAAGGGGACACAGAACCAACCAAUCUUGCAAAAGCUACCCACUCAGAAGUGGUAGAAGAUGACCCUGUAGUGGAAGAAGUGGAUGGGAAGAGUAAAAUAGGAGAAAGUUCUACAGAGCCAAAUGAUCUUAGAAGAAGCAAAAGAUCUUCUGCUUCUAUGCAGGAUAUUGAAGGUAGGAAAUCGUCAAAGCAGCAGCAGGAAGAUUUAGGACAACUUUCUGAUGAUCCAGUGGGUGAAGUUCAUGAUAUUAGUGGCUCUGUUUGUGAUCCUCCCUCUACUUCUAAUAGAGAUGAAGGGGAUAAUGAUGAGGAAUUUAGAGUGGAAAAUACAUCUAAAAAGAAAAAGGCUACAAGAAAGGUAAAAGAACCUGUAUCUGGAAAAGAGAAACCUGUUAGAAAGCGCAAGAGCUCGAAGCAAGCAUCAGAGGAGAAAACUGAAGAACCUCCCAAAAAGUUCUCUCAUUCGACUCGUCGUAAAAAAAGGAUUGUGGACCAGGCAUUACUUGACAUGCCAGAAGAUGAAAUUGAUCCUCAGAGGUUACCUAUCAAGGAUCUUAUUCUUCUUGCCGAGCAUAGAGAGCGAAUGGCGAUUAAAGAUGCAGCAAAGCUGAAGACAGAACAGACAAAUCAAAGCACUGAAGAUAAUUUCCGGGAGGAUGUUUCUCACAAUGAAGAGAUGUUUCAUUCAGAACAGGGCGAACAGGGCCAAAACUCUGAUGACAACCAACCAACUUACAGGGCUCAGCCAAGCUCCACCUACGUUAAUUAUCAUUCAUUUAUGGACAGAACACCCAGUACAAGGUGGUCAAAAAACGACACAGAACUUUUCUAUGAGGCUGUUCGACAAAUUGGGACAGAUUUUACCAUUAUACAACAACUUUUUCCAAAUCGAACACGGGAACAAGUGAAGUUGAAAUUUAAGAAGGAAGAGCGUCAACAUCCCUUGCGGCUAUCUGAUGCCCUGACUAAUCGCACAAAAGAUCAUUCCCAUUUCGAGUCUGUGAUCAAGCAACUACAAGAACUCACUGCUCAAGCAAAGAAGAUGCCAAUCCUAAUGAGUCCAAUUGGUACCCAGGGGAUGAAGAAGUGGAGGAGCCUACCCAUAAUGCUAAUGAAGAACAUGCGAAAUCUGAGUUGGAUGAAGUUGUUAAAGAUCAAGAACGAGAACCGGAAGUUACUGAUGUUCAAAAUAGUCCUUUGAAGUACGAUGAAGGAGACGAUGACCCAGAUAUGUGGAACAAUUAUGAUGAUUAUUAGUUACCAAACACAAUCAUAUUUCAUCCUGAAUAUCUAACCAUCAAAAAAACUAGUUAGGAUCUUAAUUCAAAAUUUUGUCCAUUUGUCUUAACUCUUUAAUGAUCAUUUUGUUGUAGUUUUCUUGAAUGAAGAAAAGAAAUUAUAUGUAUAAUUCUUCAUAUAUCAUAUAUAUCAUUUUGUUGUAUUUCACUUUUUAAUUUCAAUGUGACAAUGUUCUAAUUAUGCCCAAUA